GUGAGAAAAGGAACCCGACGGUGUUGUGCGCAGACUCACGCACAGAGGAAGAGCCUGGGUUCACGUCCCUACACAAGAUUCAACACCUCUUUAAAAAGCUCUUAGGAGCUCAUCAUCACCAGUAAAGCUGUAUAAGCAUCGGGUUGACGGGACCGAAGGAAGCGGCACGUCGUACGGGGAGCUGCCUGCUGAAAUCGCCAUGAGUUACAAACCGAUCGCUCCUGCACCCUCUGGCUCCAACCACACCCCGCCAGGCUCGUCCGUGCCGUCGCCAUCCCUCCCCUCGUCGUCCAACUUUAGACCAGCGUUCAGUGACUUCGGCCCGCCCUCCAUGGGUUUCGUCCAGCCUGUCAAAGUGUCUCAAGGGUCCACCUACAGCGAGCUGCUUUCCGUCAUCGAGGAGAUGAGCCGCGAGAUCAGGCCAACAUACGCUGGGAGCAAGAGCGCCAUGGAGAGGUUAAAGAGAGGUAUCAUCCACGCCCGUGCACUGGUCAGAGAGUGUCUGGCAGAGACCGAGAGAAGCGCCCGCACAUAACCUUUUGGGAAAAAUAAA